GUGGACGGACACAUGAUACGAAUCUCCUUAAUUUUUGUAAGUAUUUAAUUCUUAUGUCAUUAGACAAAUUAAACCAGACAAUCCAAGAACUGUAUUCACAGAAUGGAUUUGAGUUGAUUCCUCUAAAACUGGAGGACGAAGGGUAUGUUUUAGUUGGUUUCCUUUCUUGUUUUCAAAUUUUGUUCGGUUUUCUGUCUCUUGAUUUUCUGGGAACACCGGAGAGGUAGAGGUAGAGUCGCCGGCGGCGGCGACGCUGAUGGGUCGGAGGUGAUGUGGGUUUUCCGGUGCUGUGAUUUCCUGGUUCAUCUUCCAUCAUCCCUUCUUCUUUCUCAUUGUUUGAACUUGGGUUUCGGGAAAAACCCUGAUUUGGGAUUUUGCAUUCAAUCAUCUCUUCCAGUAAGGUCAGUACCCAAUUCCGUCUUCUCAAAUUUCAUCCUUUGAUUCGAAGAAUUUGGAUUCCUGUUACAAGCUAUUUUGGAAAUUGAUUUUCUCAACCCAGUUUCUGCAACUGGGAAAGCUAUGAUUAGUAUCCCAUUUCGUGGAUUCUCAACUCUGCUCAAUGGAGCGGCCAAAACCCCCAAUUACAUGCGGAGUUGGAAUCCAAUUCCAGUGCCACACAGAACAAUUCCUGAACCCAGAGGUCAAGACCUUGAUUUUGUGAAUGUAGCACACAGUCACCUCAUAAACUCGGAUUGGGCUAAGCUCAAUUCAAUGUCGACCGGUCUAACACCAUACAGAAUGAAGCACAUUAUGUUAAAGAUAAAGAAGGAUCAUGUUCUUUCGUUUGAGUUCUUCAAUUGGGUUAAAGCCCAAAACCCCAAUUGCCAAACCCUUGAGGCUUACUCAAUAAUUCUCCACAUUCUUACUAAGAAUCACAAAUUCAAAUCUGCAGAAUCUGUUUUGAAGGGUAUUCUAGGAUCGGGUUCAAUAGAUCUUCCUUCUAAGCUCUUUGAGGCGAUACUGUAUUCGUACCGAAUAUGUGAUUCUUCGCCUUGCGUUUUUGACUCACUUUUUAAGACUUAUGCUCAGAUGAAGAAGCUUAGGAAUGCCAUUGAUGUGUUCUGCCAAAUGAAGGAUUAUGGGUUUUUGCCUAGAGUUGAGUCCUGCAAUGCAUAUAUUAGUGCAUCAAUUAGUUUACAACGAGGGGAUAUUGCAUUGACAUUUUAUAGGGAGAUGCAGCGUUAUAGGAUUUCACCAAAUGUUUAUACUCUGAACAUGGUGAUGUGUGCAUUUUGCAAAUGGGGGAAACUAGAAAAGGCUAUUGAGGUCUUUAAAAGGAUGGAAACCAUGGGCUUUAGUCCUACUAUCACAUCUUAUAAUACAUUGAUUGCAGGAUACUGUAAUAAGGGCCUUCUGAAUUCAGGUAUGAAGCUUAAAAUCCUGAUGGAGAAGAAUGGGGUGCGGCCUGAUGAUGUUACUUUCAACACCCUUAUCAAUGGGUUCUGCAGGGGAGGGAAAUUGCAUGAAGCAAACAAGAUUUUUAGUGAGAUGAAAGCUAAUGAUGUAGUUCCUAAUACUAUAACUUAUAAUACUUUGAUAAAUGGGUACAGCCAAGUGGGAAACAGUGAGAUGGGUGGGAGACUUCAUGACGAGAUGUUAAGAAAUGGAAUUAAGGCUGAUAUCUUGACUUAUAAUGCAUUGAUUUUGGGACUAUGCAUGGAGGGUAGGACAAAGAAAGCUGCAUAUCUGGUUAAAGAACUUGAUAGGGAGAAUUUAGUUCCAAACUCCUCGACCUUUUCUGCACUUAUUACUGGGCAGUGUGUGAGAAAAAACUCCGAGCGUGCAUUUCAGCUAUACAAGAGCAUGAUAAGGAGUGGCUGCCAUCCAAAUUAUCACACUUUCAAGAUGUUGAUAUCCACCUUCUGCAAGAAUGAGGAUUUUGAUGGAGCAGUGGAAGUUGUGAGGGAAAUGUCAGAAAGAUCUAUAGCUCCUGAUUCAGAUACAUUGUCAGAACUUUGUAGGGGACUUUGGUUGUCAGGGAAGGAAGAAUUGGCUCUGAAGUUGUGCAAAGAGAUGGAAAUGAAACAUCUCAUGCCAGAAGGUUUUGAUAAAUCCAAAACUAUCAAUUUUAGGGCAGAAAGUGAGGAAAAAGAAAAUGGAGAGAAUUUUUAAGUUCACAUAUACUAGUCCUAUCUUUGUUAAUUUUAAGGCUUAGGUGCUAUUUAUUUGUCAUUUUGGAAGCACAUUUCCAACUUUGAGCCUACAGUAGGAAUUGUGCUCUGUUUUGUAAGAUCUUUCUUCACUGUACUUGUUUUGUAACUGCAGAAAAAAUUCAUAAGCAAAUUUUCCACAUGCAUCCUUUUCUUCUGCCUGUAAAUAUGCAGUCCACUUACAUUUGGUUGAUUUGAUAUUAUCUUAUUUAUCAUCAUUCACAUUCUAUAUUCAUCUUCUGCAGUGAUCCUUCUCAUGUUUAUGUGCAUAGUGUUGAUGAAUUAUCAUUUCAUCUUUCAGUUAUGAUGUCAUAAAUGCAGAAGUUGCCUAAAAUUCAGAUUCAGCAUAAACAAAGAAUUGCUGAAGUUGGUCAAGCAUUGGGGAAUCAUUCCACUCAAAUUGUUAUACAAUAGAUGAAGUAUCUCCAGAGAACUCAUGUUGCAGGAAAUGGGGAAACUUGGUCAAGUUAACAAGAAUUCAAUCCUAAGAUCUUGAGGCUUAGGAAGAGUAGCAUUGGCAUUGGUGGUCCCAAGGAAGAUUACUCUUUUCCUUAGGUGCUUCUUUAUAUAUUUACUUUUAUUUUACCUAUCAAAAUAAAAAUAAAAAAUUCAUAUUGUAUAUUGCUAGAUGAGAGACUAGCAAAAAGACUUUGCCAAAUGAAAUUCGGUGUUAGCUACACACGACAUACUAUCGCUGGCAUUUCUAACUUUUAAUAUCUGAGUCUCAUGAUGUCUAAACAGCAGGAAUCAUGAUUAGUUUUGAAACUGAGGACAUUUUAGGCUAAAAUUGUGUUUACAAAGAGGAAGCUUGACAAUGUGGUUGAAUCACAUGUCUGAAAUAAAGACUUAAAAAACUUAGGCAGUUUUAUCUGUAAAAUUAUUAUAUAUUCCUGGUAUACAGAGCUCAGUAAAAUGAAACUCUUCUU